AUGAAGCAGAUUGACAGCCAACUGCACACCUUCAGAUCCGUUCCAUGGUGGCGUCUGGGUCGCACUUACUGCCAGCCCCCAGAUGGGAACUCGUCCUGCGAAGCAAAAGUCCGCGCCAAGGGCAAGAGCCUUGAAGAUGUCAGUGCCUCGUCGGAUCCCACCGUCGACUGCAAUUUUGAUCUUCCCCUUUGCGAUAGGGGCACAUUCUCGCAGGGCAUCGAGCGUAGCUGGAACGCCAUCAAGUUGUCGGCCGCCAUGGUUCGAAAUGAGCACGCCGUCAACACCAUGCUCGAUGGCCAGUGCAACAUCGUCCGCGGUGUAAACUGUUAA